CCCUGCGCGACUCGGCAGCAGGAGCCGAGUCCAAACGCCGCUCAGCGCAGCAGCCGUCGGGAUGCGGGAACAGACUCAAAGUUAGGCGCAGGAGGCUGCCGGAGAAUGCUGCAGCUCAGUAUGCCCCUGCAUGCUAUGGGAAGAGGCUAUCUGUUAAGUGCUGCUCACCUCCCACUCAGCCCAAAAAAGUGGCUUCUCGUUCCAGCUUUUAAUACAAAAGACUUAAAAUUUGGGUCCGGAGUGACAUUUUUAUCUUUGGCAAGAGGAUGCAAGGUACACCCGUGUGUCUAUCCCCUUUGUAGUGCUUUUCUGUCAGCGCUUUGUACCAGCUGUAUGAUAUCAGAAAUAACAUCGCAAAUGUUUUCAAGAUGGAUUACCUGAUUUCAACAAUGUAGGCUUCAUUUGCAUAUUUUAUUCUUCUCUCUCAGUAAUUCUUGAAGCAUCCUGGUGCAUUGCCGGCAUAAUGGCUCAUUUGCAGGAGGCCUCAUCAUUCAAAUUAUGUUUUGACAAGACUGCCUUGAUGUGAUCAUUACUCUGAUGGCUUUCACAAGAAUGCCAUGAAGCCCCUUUUUUUCUUCAGAGAACUAAAGUGAAGGUGCUGUGCUUUCCACGGACCCGUGUCCACCAACCAGCAGUGUUUUGGAGCUGAUGGGUCCUGUGCUGGACAACAUGAUGACCCCGGCUUCUCUGACCCAGAACUGCACGAACUGCAGCCACAUUUUCUUCCCAGAGUUCAGGGUGGUGAAGACUCUGGCUCUAGGGAUGAUUCUUGGUGUGUUCAUCCUGUUCGGAGUGGUUGGAAACAUCCUGGUCAUCCUCUCUGUGGUUUGCCAUCGCCACCUUCGGACGGUCACGCAUUAUUUUAUUGUUAACUUGGCAGUGGCAGACCUGCUGCUGAGCUCCACCGUGCUACCCUUUUCAGCCGUUUUUGAGAUUUUGGAUCGCUGGGUGUUCGGACGGGCUUUUUGUAACGUUUGGGCGGCUGUGGAUGUGCUCUGCUGCACGGCCUCCAUCAUGAGCCUCUGCGUGAUUUCCGUGGACCGCUACAUCGGUGUCAGUUAUCCUCUGCGCUACCCCUCCAUCAUGACAAAGCGCAGGGCUCUUUUGGCAGUGAUGCUGCUGUGGGUGCUCUCCAUAGUCAUAUCCAUCGGACCCUUAUUUGGUUGGAAGGAACCGGAGCCGGAGGACGAGUCCAUCUGCAAGAUCACAGAGGAACCAGGAUACGCGAUCUUCUCAGCCGUCGGCUCCUUCUACCUCCCCCUGACCAUCAUUCUGGUCAUGUACUGUCGAGUUUAUGUCGUCGCUCACAGAGAGAGCCAGGGCCUCAGAGAGGGCCACAAGACGGAGAAGUCAGACUCGGAGCAGGUGAUUCUCAGGAUCCACCGUGGAAACACAACCGCACUGGAGGAGGAGUCCCUGCGCAGCCGCACGCAUUUCGCCUUGAGGUUACUCAAGUUUUCACGUGAGAAGAAAGCUGCAAAGACUCUGGGUAUUGUGGUUGGCUGCUUUGUGUUGUGCUGGCUGCCGUUCUUCCUGGUGUUACCAAUUGGCUCCAUAUUCCCCGCAUACAGACCUUCAGACACGGUCUUCAAGAUCACCUUCUGGCUCGGCUACUUCAACAGCUGCAUCAACCCCAUCAUCUACCCGUGCUCCAACCAGGAGUUCAAAAAGGCUUUUCAGAGUUUACUCGGAGUUCACUGUCUGAGGAUGACUCCCAGACCACACCACCACCAUCUGAGCACAAGUCAAAGUCAAACCCAAGGUCACAGCCAGGGCCUCACUCUGAGCCUCGACAGCAGGGGGGCUCCCUGCAGACUCAGCCCCUCGUCGUCGGUGGCCCUUUCCAGGACUCCUUCCUCCAGGGACAGCAGGGAAUGGAAAGUCUUUUCCGUGGGCCCCAUCAGCGGCGGGGAGGGGCCGGCCGAUACGAGCAGAGCCAAGGUGGCGAAGCUGUGCAACAAGAGCCUCCGCCGCAACUGCUGCUGCGUCCUCAGUCCUGAGACUCCCCCACAAGAAGCCGCUGUUGUUGGAGACCUUCCGACGAUUAAAAUCCACCAACUUUCUCUGUCGGAUAAAGGAGAGCCCGUGUAGCCUGCUGUUGUAAGAUGCACUUUUCUGGACUCUUAUUUAAAGUCCAAGAUGAGAGACUAUGUUUUAUUUUAAUACUGUUGCUGCUUUGAAGCUGAAAUUUACCUCAACUUUAAAAUUGUUCCUUUAAUUCAUUUUCUGUUGUUGGGUUUGACUUGGCUAAGAAGGCAACAAGAAGAAGGUUAUUUUUUUUGAACAACAUGUCAAUGAAAAUGAUCUAAAAUCCCUUUGGUGAGGUGGACCAGCAAAUCAAAGCAUUCCAAGAUGUUUACAUACACAUUGGGUAUAAAAUGUAUGCGCAUCCUGUUAAAAUGACAGACUUUCUGAUGUAAAAACGAGAGCGAGAUCAAUAAUUUCAGGACAUUUUCGACCUGUAAUGUGACCUAUGACCUGUACAGCUGAUUUAAAACACAAACUGAAAUAUUUCAAAGGGGGGAAAAAUAAUCUAAACAAUUGAUGUGCACACUCUCUAAUUGUAUUAUGUUUUUGUCUUCCGAAUUGUCCCCUACAUUCAAACUGAUGCUGACCAGGAGUCAGAAGCUGCUCAUUUAAAGUGCCAAACCUGACAAAGUUGACUUGUACUAGAAGAUCUCAUCUUUCUUUAGUUGCAACUCACAGCAAAAAUCAAAGUCUGCCAAGAGCUUCCCAAGCGUCAGAAAAAUCUGAUUGCCAAAAAGGUAUCAGUCAGGAGAGAACUACCAGGCAUUAAAUAUACCACAAAACACGGUGAAGCCAGUCAUCAAGUGGAUAAAUUGAAGUGUAAGUGUAUUACUAAAAACUAGAUGCCCUUCCAAAAUAAAUAAAACGAUAUGGAGACAAGUGGUCGGGAAGGAGGCAACAUUAACUGCAAGAAAUUUUACUGCAAGUAUUGGCUGUUGUGGACUGUCAUGCUCUUAUAUCAGGGUUAUAUUGUAAUGUGGCAAGAAGGCAGCAUUUUCUUUCAAAGACGAAUUUGUAUUGUAUUGUUGCUAAAUUUAGUAAAAAUACAUUUAAUGUCCUCUAAAAGCGUGAGGAUAUAUGCAUUGGCACCAGAUUAAGAUAACUUUUUGUUCAUAGUUCCGGCAAAAAAAACCCAACAACAAACAAAACAAAAACAGAACAUCAUUAAUAGAAUACAAUAUUCAUAAGCCAUCAGCAAUACCACACGUUAAUGUUUGUACAAACUCUUUGGGCUUAUAUUACAAAGCUGAAGAGGAAUAAGAACAUCAUCAUUCGACACAGAAAUGCUUAAAUAGUAAAAGGUGCUUAAACAAAGUAUUGGUUUCAUUCGGCACCACAUAUUCAGCUGUACAAGAAGAAUUUCAGAAAUGAUUUAUCUAAUGUCCUUACAGAAACAGAAAUCUGACAUUUUAACAGCAGUGUGUGGACUUUUUGUACGCGCUCUAUUUUCCAUUAAAGGAGAGAGGUUUAAAUGUGUAAACGUGUAAAUAUGAAGGUUUAAUCGACUGCAUGGUUUCAAAUGACAUAUUUGGAAAAAAAAAAAAAAAACACACGCUGGUGCUCCUGAUGUUUCCAAAGUUUUCCUGAAGCUGCUCAUCUUGUGAAAAUGUUUGCGUCCGCAGUACAAACCGAGGAACCUCACAUGCUUCCGUGUCACAAUAAAUUCCUACGACAUGUUUCCCAAGGGAGGAGGAUCUCUGAGGACGUUAUUGAGCUUCUGUUGCUUGUUUCCCUGUUUUGUUUCUUCUUGUGGGUUAAUUUACUACACAGAUUUGCCUCUUUACUUUUUCCACCGCAUUCCCACAGUGUGAUGAAUCUUGUGAACGGGG